AUGCCAUCAAUAAUAGAGUCAAAGAUAAAAGUGGAGGAAUAUAUACCCUCUGUGUUGCUGCCUGGUAUUAGGAACAUAAAUGUUGGGAAAGAAGUUCAGUUAAAAGCACUUUUUUUCUGGCCAAGGGAAUCAACCCAGGUCAGCCCUACUGAACAGUGA